GAGCACGCGGACAAAGGAGGCGGCCGGCGGCCCAGCUGUUUUGAAAAAUGCUUCCUGUUUCUUUAAAGGCGCUCGCGGCUCGGGCGGCCGGGGCUGGGGAGGCGGUGGCGGCGGGAGCUGCCUCCUCUCCGGGCGGCGGCGCUGACUGAUCUCGCGAACUGGGCUUCUGUGUAAACUGAGGCUAAACAAACACAGAUGGAGCGCAGCGGGCGUUCUCCAGAAAUGCUGGCAAGGCGGCAGCGACUUCAGAUGACACUCUGAGCGCUCCGGGAACGGACAGCCCGGCGGCUUCGCGGAGCCGGCGGCGCAGCUGCCCCGGGCGAGGGGGAGAAAGGGAGAGCGGGAGGGGGAGGCGGGCGAAGGGGGAGAGCCAGAGACUCCUCGGCGCUGAGCGCGGCGGCGGCCCGGGCAGUCCCCCGCCCCUGCCUUACGCGCCGCCCGCGCCAUGAAGCAUAUCCCGGUCCUCGAGGACGGGCCGUGGAAGACCGUGUGCGUGAAGGAGCUGAACGGCCUCAAGAAGCUCAAGCGGAAAGGCAAGGAGCCGGCGCGGCGCGCGAACGGCUAUAAAACUUUCCGAUUGGACUUGGAAGCGCCCGAGCCCCGCGCCGUCGCCACCAACGGGCUGCGGGACAGGACCCACAGGCUGCAGCCGGUCCCGGUCCCGGUGCCGGUGCCAGCCCCAGUGGCGCCGGCCGUUCCUCCAAGAGGGGGCGCGGACACAGCCGGGGAGCGCGGGGGCUCCCGGGCGCCUGAGGUCUCUGACGCGCGGAAACGCAGCUUCGCUCUGGGCGCAGUGGGGCCAGGACUCCCCACGACGCCGCCGCCGCCGCCUCCUGUGCCCCAGAGCCUGGCACCUGGGGGCCCAGAGCCACAGCCUUUCCGAGAGCCGGGUCUGCGUCCCCGCAUCUUGCUGUGCGCACCACCCGCGCGCCCCACGCCGUCCGCGCCCCCAGCGCCGCCCGCGCCCCCGGAGUCCACAGUGCGCCCCGCGCACCCCAAGCGCCCCGGGGAAAGUUCCUACUCGUCAAUUUCACACGUAAUUUACAAUAACCACCCGGAUUCCUCCGCGUCGCCUAGGAAACGACCGGGCGAAGCGACUGCCGCCUCCUCGGAGAUCAAAGCCCUGCAGCAGACCCGGAGGCUCCUGGCAAACGCCAGGGAGCGGACGCGGGUGCACACCAUCAGCGCAGCUUUCGAGGCGCUCAGGAAGCAGGUGCCGUGCUACUCGUAUGGGCAGAAGCUGUCCAAACUGGCCAUCUUGAGGAUCGCCUGUAACUACAUCCUGUCCCUGGCGCGGCUGGCUGACCUUGACUACAGUGCCGACCACAGCAACCUCAGCUUCUCCGAGUGUGUGCAGCGCUGCACCCGCACCCUGCAGGCCGAGGGACGUGCCAAAAAGCGCAAGGAGUGACUGGCUACAGGCGAGACCGAGGCCACCGCUGUGGGCCCUCCUACCCAUCAGGCCUGAGGACAAGGUGAGCUUGACAGUCCAGCCUGGUGGUGUUCUCCAAGAUGCCGCCAGACGCCCUGCCCACAGCCUCUCAGAGUAGACCUGGAGCACGCCUGCCCCCCUCUCUCCUCUGCCCCCACCUAGCCACUCCGAGGCUGCUUCGCACCUUGCCCUCUGCCUGGUGGGGAGGGGAGAGGUCAGCCCCCUACUCACUGAGAGCCCAAGGCCCACUGUCCAGCUGCGGAAGCUCAUUGCCAAAGAUUCGACAGAGACACCGAAGGAAAUGGGGUGACGAAGCCCCAUAGUGAAAAGCCACACCGUUGCUCUGUGACUUUUGCUCCUCCUGUUGCCUGAGUCCCAUCUCAAGCCAAAGACGAGUCAGCGGUUCUGCUAGGAACUCCUGGAAGGGAUGGGCAUUUGGUGACCCCCAGGGACACUCUCUCCACAGGGCCUUGCUCUGGCUGAGUGUAAGACAAGCCUUGGGGGCUGAGAGAGGGAGGCUGGGGUGCCUGAGCAGGGCCGGGAGUGGGGCCUGAGAUCCCUGCCCGCUCUCUGCCCUUCAUUGGCUGCCCAGGCCGCUGGCCCCAGUUGCCAGUGUCCCCUGGGUCCAGGCUCCUUGAGCCCUGAGCAUCACCAGAAGGGAGUAAGUGGGGAGAGAAGCAAUAUUACCGGCUCCCCUACGCCAGGGCUUGUCCCAGGGCAGGUACCUAUGGGUCUCUGCUCCUCCAACCAGCCUCUCCUCACUGUGACCACCCCGAUGGGGGCCCAUCCCAGGCAGCCAGCACCAUGGGCGGCUCCUGCUAUGGACAGAAAGAGAGUUUCUCUCUUGUUCAGCCUGCCCGUGGCCUGAGGACGGAGUGGGGGCUGGGCUAGCUGGAGCUGUCCUGCUGGGCAAGGUGGCUCCCCACUUGGAGGCUGGCGGUCUGUCUGUUACAGGGUGUGCAGGGGCAGAGGAGGAAGGGACCAGGGGACUGGGCCAGUAUGGGGGGGACAGUGGGCGUGUUCAAAGCCAACGCCCGCUCCUUCCUUGUGCUCAAAAGGCCAAAGCUGUUCACGUCUGUGCUCAACCAUCUGCUUCAAAUUGAAGUAAAAGCCCCAAAAUGUCAAGAAAAUACUUGUGUGGAGUGGACUCUGUGGGUGACCAGGACUUUGGCCGGUCAUCGGCUGGGGUGUGUGAGGGAGGGGGUUGGUCUCUACCUCCAGGUUGAGAGCCUUUCAGGAGCAGACACUGUACAGGUGAGAGUGUGUGUGUCUGUGUGAGUGUGUGUGUGUGUCUGUGUGGAAGUGGGUAGAGGGCGGCUUCCGCAGUAGUCUCAGCCUGGACUAGUGACCAGGAGGUCUGGUCAGAAACACAUGAGGAGCCCUCUCUGUCAGCAUUGCACUUAAUCUGUACCAUGGAUUUAUGAGAUGAAGGCCCCUAUUAUUCACCCCAUUUCACGGAUGAGGAAACCGAGGCCUCAAGGAGACAGGGCCAGUUGGUGACAGAGCUAGUUGUUGAGUCAGGAUGGCCUCACUCCAAAUCCUGUGCUCUCAAACCCUUUCCAGCAGCGCCCCCAGUCCCAGCCCAAAGUCUCUGUGUGGCCUUGUCACAUGGCUUCACCUCAUUGGGCCUAAGAUAGGCACAAUAAAGGCCCAUUGGGACCGGGAGAAGGGGUGAUAAGAAAUAGGAGAGCACUGUCAAGGCAGAAGGGACAGGGCUGCCCAAGAAAAGGGGGAAAGGAGGGGACUGGAGACUGCAGCCAUGCAGGACACAGUUUGUCCCUUGGUUUCACCUGUGUCACUUUCUCGUCUCUGCUGCUCAGAUUCCUGGGCUGGGGUGGGGUCGGCUGCAGGAAGCCCCCCUUGCACUAGUGUUUCCCAGGCUGCCUCUUUACCAAGGACCACAGUGUGUGGGCUGUCCUGGAUCCCUGGGCUGGCGCAGAAACAGGGGACCCAGGUGGCCCUGAGCACUCCACAGAGCAAAGGUGCUCUGGAAGCCGACUGGACAGAGCGGGUGUGGAAUGGGGUCAGGAGGGUCCUUUAGGAAGGUUCAACCACCCUGUGACCCCGGCAAGAUAACAGCACUGCUCUGUUGUCCUAAGGAAGCAGGACAUGUGGAUUGGCCAGCAUCAAAUUGUUGACAUAAAGGACCAUUUCUGUUACCAAAGGGUAUGGAGUGUACCCCCAUUCUGCUGCUAAGGAAGCAGACCCAUGGCCUUACUACCCAGGGACAGCCCAUCCCCCACCUCCCAUCUCCCUCCUGCAUAUGGUCUUCAUUACAUUCCUUUCAUUCUGAAGCAUCACUGAUGGCCAGCUGUCUGUCAGACACGAAGAUAGGCGUGCCAUCAUGGAGCUCCAGGUUCUGUAGGGGGGUAGGGGGGUGGGACAGACAGGUAGACAAGCAAAUAAUUAUGAUUGCUGUUGGACGGCUAAGGUAUUGUCAGGAGUUUCAGGAAAGAAAGAACUAACUCCCAGGGAGGCUCUCAGGAAGGAUUUUCCUGGAAAAUAGCCAUGGGACUUGGGUCUUAAAUAAGGUGAAUAGAAGCUUUCCGAGAAGGGGAAUAGAAGGGCUUUCUACGCAGAGGAGCAUCAGCCCUGGCAGGACGUUGGAAUCACCCGAGGAGAUUAUUAAAUAUUUGUAUUGAUGGCCCAAAUUUCAUCUUCAGAAAUUCUGAUGUAUUGGUCUGGGGUGUGGCCUGGUCUUUUACGAGCUCCUCAGGUGAUCUUAAUGUGCAGGCAAGGUUGAAGCCGUUAGUCUAAGUGGGCUCUGGUCUACAGCAAGAAAGUGACUUAGAGCACCGAUUUGGGAGACAGGCUGUGGAUGGACGCGUGUGUGUACACAUAUGUAUAUGUGUGGAUGACUGAAAGUCCAUGCUCUCCUCUCCUUUCCUAGCCUCCUCUCCAGCACAGCAACCUGUGUUUGCACACACAUGCACACUCCCUCUCCUGUGCACAUGCACACCCACACAUAUACUCGUGUACAUUUCCAGAAAAUGGAAUUCUAUUUCAGAUAGAUUCAGACUCCACUGGCAGUCAUAAACAGUUUUAUGCAACAGCCAUGCAAGAAGACCCUCAGCAAAAUAUAAAUGGUGAGGAGCUGCCCUCACGGGGCCCUGUGAAAGCCCUUUGCAGUCUGGUCUUGGGUUUGUGGUCAGAGUCACCUGCGAAUCUGUUUGUAGCACACUCUCCUUGCCCUGUUGUCUGCUCUGGGUCACCAGGCACAGGCCAUAAAGGGAUGAGGGGACCCUUUCCAGGGGCCCACAAGAUCGUCCUGGGUGAGUCUGCAUGAAGCCCCACGUGUGCACACGCAUCUUCAUGUGUGUGUGUGCCAGGCUCCUGCUCUCUGCAGGACAAAACCAGAAAGAACGGCUCUGGGAGUUGGAGAUCUCAGCUCACAGACCAAGCUUUGCAAGACUCUCCAAAGACUCUGCCUUCAGGUUGUGUGCUGCUUCCUGUGUCUUGCCUGAGGCUGUCCCAGAAAAGAGGGUUAAGUUCUGGAGAUGAGGUUCUGAGCAAGUGUCCGCCUCUCCACGCUACACUCCUUCCUGUCUCCAUGGCCACACCCUUCAUGGCCCUGUGCCAUCCUCUUUUAUUCUGGAUUUCUCGACCUCCACCAAACUCCCCUUCCUCACCGCGAGUGGAGGCAUGAGUAGGCAGGUCCCAGGGGCCAGACACUGGGUAGCAUUGCCAUGUGUGGGGACUGUGUUGGAAACUGCAGGUAGAAGCAGAGCCCCUCUCUGCUCAAGAGCUUGCUGGCGAGCCUGGACAGAGGCACAGGGACAGCUAAUUAGGGUAAGAUAGGGACCACACUGUGGUCAGCCAUGGGAAGCCGGCUAGUGGGGUGGUGUUGGGGCUACAUUUGCAUCCUUCCUAUGCUGCUUCCUGAGACACAAACUGGUCGUUGCCAGCAGCCUAGGAAAACAUCAAGACUCAGACAUCUCCAAGGACACCCUUUGAGUGUAUCUGUACCAUUGCUCUUGUCUUGCCCUCUUGCUGUCCCCCACCUUCACAGCUGCUUUCUGUUUCCUGGUUCCAGGAAGAUAGUGGGGCAGAGGGUCCCUGCUUUGUGGGGAGGGGCUGGCUUCACCUUUACCCCUGGGAUUUUUGCCCUCACAAGUGCCUCCCUUUGGGUGACCUGGACCCCAGACAAACUAUGCCUGCCUCCCUGAAGCCAGGCACCCUGAGUAACUUAGAUUGACAAACAGUGACAGCAUUUUACAGAACUGUGGGCACGUGUCUAAUAUCAGAUGGUACUAUGAAUUCCUGGAGAGCAAAGUUUGGAUCUAUUUCAACCCCCAAUCCUUGAAAGGGCCUUGCAAAGUGUUUAUAUUGGUUUCUUUGUUGAAUGAAUGAAUAAAACAUGGAAAAUGUGGUAAUU